ACCGAGCGGGUGCCGCCACAAGCCUGGCUGGGACUUCCGCUGGGGCGGCCCUGCUCGCUCGGAGCUCUGGUCUGGGGGUCCCGUUGUAAGGGCCCGGAGAGCCGCCCGCUCUCCCCAGAGCCGCCCACUCUCCCCAGAGGUGCCCCCCCUCCCCAGACCCCCUCCCGCUUUUGCCUCGGCUUCCUCUGGGGCCCGAGCUCCCAGAAAGGGAUCCAAGAAGACGAUGGAGUCAGAGUGUAUCUACAACCUUCUGCAGCUCCCUACCAACGUGGAAGCCCCGCCUGUGGAAGAACUGGCUCAAGGAGAAAAAAAGAAAUAUUUACAGCCUGAUUCUCGAAAGAACUCAAAAUUCGAAGAGCUACAAAAGGUAUUGAUGGAGUGGAUCAAUAGCACCCUUUUUCGGGAACACAUAGUGGUCCAAAACCUGGAGGAAGACCUGUUUGAUGGCCUUGUUCUGCAUCAUCUCCUGCAGAAGCUCGCCUCUAUCACAUUGGAGGUUGAAGAGAUCGCUUUGACGGCUAGCAACCAGAAGAGGAAGCUCACUAUUGUACUGGAGGCACUGCACCAGUGUUUGCAGCUGGAGGAGAACUCAGCCAAAUGGAAUAUGGAGAGCAUCUUCAAUAAGGACUUGUUGGCCACUCUCCAUCUUCUGGUGGCCAUGGCCAAGCACUUCCAGCCGGACCUGGUCCUCCCUGCAAAUGUCCAAGUGGAAGUAGUAACAACUGAGAGCACCAAGAAUGGCUUAAAGACCGUGAAAUCUGUGGAGCAGAUCACCGAUUCCAACACGGAUUCAGAUCAGCAGUCAAAAGUCGACAUCUUUGAUGAAUUAUUUAAACUGGCCCCAGAGAAAGUGAAUGCUGUCAAAGAGGCAAUCAUGAAGUUUGUCAACAAGAAUAUGGAGCGUUUGGGGUUGUCUGUGAAAAAUAUUGAUACCCAGUUUGCAGAUGGAGUUAUUCUAAUUUUGUUGAUCGGGCAGCUUGAAGGCUAUUUCUUGAACUUGAAAGAUUUUUUCCUGACCCCCAGUUCUCCGGCUGAAAUGCUGCAUAAUGUUAACCUGGCCAUGGACUUGCUGAAGGAAGGAGACCUCCUUCAUUACCCGGUCAACCCCGAAGAUAUCACCAAUGGAGACACCAAAGCUAUUCUGAGGGUGCUCUACAGCUUGUUUUCCAAACACAAGAAGAAUGAGAUCCCCGAGGAGACCAAGAUUGCGGUUGGGAGUUAGGAGUCCUUGAAGCUGGUGCUCCUCCAGAGUGGUUUGUGUUUCAGCCAAUACGGUCUUUGCAUAAGUGUUUUACCCUUCAAGUAACAGGGAUCUGUGAGUGAGAAGUCAUGACAUAGUCUAAAACCUGGGAAUCUACUUAUGUUUUAUCCCCAAUAAAUGUGAGCUUACCUCUUAAAGAA